AUGGAUGGGAGAUGGAGAUGGGGGCAUGUUAGACGAGGAGCCGGGUCUCUUUUAGUUUCAUGCACCAGCAGUGGAGAUGAGCCAGGGAUCAUCAUCACGAGCUCCCAGGCCAGUGAUCGGGAAACAGUCGAGCAGCGUGCGGAGGACCAGGCGAGGAGGGCGACCAGGCCAAGCCGAGAGCGACAGCCAGCAGACGGGAACGAGCAGGCCGACGAGCAGACAGCAGCGAGGCCAGCUGGGAGAGAAGAGAAGCAGAUUGCGAGGGCGAGCGGCGAGCCCGGCUGGUGA